UUCUGUUGUUUUGAAAAAUGUCAGCGCCGAUAUUACCAAAAUUGAUCCCAACUGCUACUGACCCAUUAUGGUUUCAUGUUGAUAAGCCAUGCGACGAUGAAAAUGAAUUGACUGAACUUGAAAAUGAGUAUAAAUCAUGGAUUGAAAGUAUUGCAAAGAAAGAUGAGCACAUUGUGCCAAUCGGAAAAACAGCCUCAGAGCAAUGUGAUGAAGAGGAUGAUGAAGACGAAGAUGAAGGAGAAGAUGACGAUGAUGAGAGUGAUACAAAUGAUGAUGAACUUGCAUCAGACAUGAUCUAUGACAGAGACUCCCCUGAUGAUGUUGACAUGGAAGGCAAUGGAAUGGCUCUUACAUGAGGUGCAUAGUCAACAAAAAGAGACUCCAACACACUGAUGUUUGUUUUUGUUGAUGGUGUGGCUAAUUGAAAGACUCCAGUUAGUAUCAGAUUGUCUCUUGGUUGUACGAAUUCUUGGAAUAAGUAUAUGAUUGAUCGUGUUACAUAUUGGGGACUGUAGACCAAUACUGUUUGGAAGGUUAUUUAAAAAAAGACAUGUUCACAGUUUGGUGAAAUGAAAUUUUUAUGCCCCUGUAUCGAAAGAUCGGGGGUAUAUUGUUUUUGGCCUGACCGUCUGUCUGUCAUUGUGUCAGUCAGUCAUUGUAUGGGUGUGUCACAAACUUUAACCUUGGUUAAAGUUUUAUAACUUUUGCAAUAUUGAAUAUAGCAACUUCAUAUUUGGCAUGCUUGUGUAUCUCAUGGAGCUGCACAUUUUGAGUGGUGAAAAGUCAAGGUCAAGGUCAUCCUUCAAGGUCAAAGGUCAAAUAUCAUUGUAUUUUUUGUUCCUAAAACUUUAACCUUCGUUAAAGUUUGGUCAUAACUUUUUAUGCCCCCGGAUCGAAAGAUCGGGGGUAUAUUGUUUUUGGCCUGUCUGCCAUUGUAUGUGUGUGUGUCCCAAAACUUUAACCUUCUUCAUAACUUUUGCAAAAUUGAACGUAGCAACUUGAUAUUUGGCAUGCAUGUGUAUCUCAUGGAGCUGCACAUUUUGAGUCGUGAAUGGUCAAGGUCAUCCUUGAAGGUCAAAUGUCAAAAUAAUAAAUUCCAAAACUGUAACCAAAACUUUAACCUUCUUCAUAACUUUUGCAAUAUUGAACGUAGCAACUUGAUAUUUGGCAUGCAUGUGAAUCUCAUGGAGCUGCACAUUUUGAGUGGUGAAAGGUCAAGGUCAAGGUCAUCCUUUAAGGUCAAAGGUAAAAAAACAAGAGCUGUCAAAGGACAGCGUGCUCGACUAUUCGAGUGCUUGACAGUAUAACGUAAGCCAUCAUUGGGAAAUUGUUCAUAUUCAAUAAUUUAUUAGACAUUCUUUCAAAAAUAAAAAAAGGAAAAAAAAAAUUAUUUUUUUUUUU